ACAUUUGACAGACUGGCCAGUUUGCGUCUGACUUUCGAACGCGAACGCCCGAUGCGCGCAAAAGAAGUACACCUGUCAAAAAUUGGCGGCAAACUUUCCGCCACAGAGUAAAAAUAGUUUCGGAUUUUUUCUUCUGUGUUUUUUCAAGUGCGUUUUAGUUAUAAAAUCAUGUUUCUAUUUUCAUUGAAGAAAGUUGUUUUGAUAAAGUAAAAACAGUGAGUGUUUACUUUUUGGUGAAAGUGGAAGGAUACAUUUAAUUGAACAUGAAGUCAAUGAGUUGUUUGUUUGCCGGAUUUUUUAUAUUGUUGGCAGUUUUAAUAGAUCUCUCGCAGCCAACAUGCGUGCUAGAAUCAGACUUUGGGUUCAAAAUAAACUGUGCCUUCAAAAAGUCUGGCCUCUUCAGGGUACGGAACCUUGGAGGACUCAAAGCACAUGCCAGCUUAGGGUUCAGCCUCGGUGAUGAGCUGGGCUUCGAGCAGUCCCUCACAAACUUGGACCCCAGCAGACGGAGAUCUGUCAGCGUCAGGAAUGGAGCGCCACCAAAUAUCAUCGACUCGUCACCGCGACCGGCGGCUAAGCAAGAGAAACGCGGCAAGCAGAACAGAAUAAUGAUGCGACCGAUGGCGCCGGUAGCAGCGCGACCCAACCAAGCCGCGAUGGAUAAGCUCAGCUCUCUACACCAAAGGGUUUCCACCACAAUGCAGCCCAUCGUCGUCCAAAGCACAGCUGACACUUCAAACCACCCACGAGCUAGUCCAACUGUGACCAUGGCCAAACCCAUGCCCAUGGGAGUACCACCUUUCAAGCCCCUCCCGCCAAAAGAAGAAACUCUGAAGGUCGUCCCAAUAUCAUCGACGAAGACCACCUACACGCCGCUACAGGUCCCGCAGGCCAAAGGCCCCGGCCUCGCGUACCAAAGUGAGAAUUACCCUCAAUCAUCACACAACCACGUCUCAAAAAUGGUUUCACAAAUGACUGCAGUACAAUACGCGCCACUAAUCAGAAUAACACCGAGCCCCGUCAUAGUGAACACGCCCAAGCUCUACCAAAUGCCCACUACAAUUAACCCAUUCAUUCCCAUGCCUAUUGCCGCUCCGCCCACACAAGCUAUAUCUAUCAUACCCGCACCAACAUUCAAAGACCCCAUACACGUUCCGUCACAGUUCGUUCCGCCUCAAAAUUCUUUCCAAAAGCCCAAUCCUGUUUCUAACUUUCUAGAUCCAGUUCCUCAGCAAGUGCAUCAGUUGGCGAACAUGUAUCCGGCUUACAAUACGAAGAAGAUUGACGAUUAUAAUUCUAUCACUGGUUACGGUGAUGACACGACGUUGAAAUUUAACAAAGAUGAUAUAAAUGCGAAGAUAGUAGAGAUAGCGAAAGCAGGGAACAUAUCAAUGGAAGCAGUGGAGGCUGCGAUAGCACUAAGGCAGCAGCAGCUGUUGAACAAGUACGCGAACCUGCCGAUGCCUACGACGACCACGACGACUACCACGACGACGACCACGACGGAGGAGCCGCUCAUCUUCCAGCCGCAGCCGGAGCCAGAGAUCCUCGUGGCUACUCCGCAGAAACCAAAGAGAAACCCAACAGUGGGCAAAGUGAUGAACGCGCCCAGAGAAUACUACCCGGUGGGCUAUGAGAAGAAUUUCGACGACCACUUCCAGUCCAAGGUGGACUUGCCUGAUACUGACUUCCACUGUGGGGACCAGAAGUACUUCCCCGGACUGUAUGGAGACGAGACCCUGGGUUGUAUGGUGUUCCACGUCUGCGCACUAACCGACGACGGCCUAGUCAUGAAGUCUUUCCUAUGCCCUGAAUCGACACUCUUCGACCAGACCAUCCUAAAAUGCAACUGGUGGUUCUACGUGGACUGCAAGAAUACCCGCAAGCUUUAUGACACCAACAUCCCAGUUUCCAAGAGCUACCAGCUCAUGAAGGCGUUGACUUUCUUCUCGUCGUACAAGAAGGAGAUGGAAGACGGUCAGCCAACCAACCCUGAAGACGUUGAAGGCAUCAAGGAUGCUAUCACUAUUUUAGAAAACCAAGACAAGCCGGCAGAGCAGUAUGCAGGAUCCGAUGGUGUUCAAGUAGUCACUCCUGUACCCACCAUUGAUGAAAGGAAUAACCAUAAAGCAGACUCUUCAGAAAAUCAUCCUGUUUAUAGAGCAACAAGGAACUACAAUGGUUCCAAUAAUACCAGAAAUAAUCCCACAAAACCCAAGUCCAGUCAAGAAGAUACAAGCUCAGAAUUUAAACUUAUUACAGUCAACGCUGAUAUCAAUUUCGCUAAAAAUCAAAGCAGUUCCGGACAAAGACGAAAAACGACUUCAUCCGACUCAUCAGAGAGAAAACAUCGAAGACGAAUGGUGCUCAAGAAUACGCCUACUUCUACUACUCCUAUCCCUAGUACAUCAUCCACCACUACCACUACUACUACAACCAGUAAACCAAUAGAACCAAGCAAAUCCCCAAUAGUUGAAAUUAUAAAACAAGAGAUACAGCCAAUAGAAGCUUUCACUGCUGCUGAAGCAAGACCACACCAACUAACAGAUGAACUUGAAACCCCAUUUCAAGUUGAUUCAGCAUUCCUCAGAGAAGCGGAAAAGGCUCCACCAGUCAGAAGAUUUUAUAGAUCAAGUGCUGAGAAAGAGAGCAAAGAAGUUGCUUAUGUAAACAACGAAAAAAUCCAAAUUGUGAGGCCAACGUCCACAGCCAGACUUGUCGGCAACUUCCAAACUCCAACAGCAGUCAUAGCUAAGCUAGAUGAAGCUAUUCUAGGAAAACCUUACAGUAAUAGAUACAAAAAAGAACUCGUCACUAUAGUGACUCCCCAAAACCACGAGAGCUAUCAAAUUCCCAAAGACCAAACAUAGCCUGAAACUUUUUCUUAGUCAAUAACUAAAUUUAAGUGUCAUAACCUCUUGUUAACUUAUUUAUUUCGUACGUAAUAGGAUACGUAUGCGCUCAAUGUUAUUAUUGUUAGACUAGCGGAAUCAGUCAAGUGAUAUUACGGUGUAUGUCUUAGUGUAGAAAUAAAAAUUGUUUCCUAAU